AUGAACGAUAUUACUGAAAACAUAGACAUCGACACCAUCAUUGAACGUCUGUUGGAAGUGCGCGGCAGUCGACCCGGUAAACAAGUACAGCUAUCCGAGAACGAAAUACGGUUCCUAUGCCAGAGGGGUCGCGAUAUCUUUAUGAGUCAACCCAUCCUAUUGGAUCUCGAAGCACCCAUCAAGAUUUGCGGUGAUAUCCACGGUCAAUAUUACGACUUGCUGCGAUUGUUCGAGUAUGGCGGAUUCCCACCCGAGUCAAACUAUUUGUUCCUGGGCGACUAUGUGGAUCGAGGAAAACAGUCAUUGGAAACAAUAUGUUUGUUGUUGGCAUACAAGAUCAAAUAUCCAGAGAACUUUUUCAUUUUGCGCGGCAACCACGAAUGUGCCAGCAUCAACCGGAUCUACGGCUUUUACGAUGAAUGCAAGCGACGAUACAACAUUAAGCUGUGGAAGACAUUUACCGAUUGUUUCAACUGUCUGCCUAUAGCUGCGAUUAUUGACGAGAAGAUUUUUACGAUGCAUGGCGGCUUAUCGCCAGAUUUGCAGAGCAUGGAGCAGAUCAGACGGGUGAUGAGACCAACAGAUGUGCCUGACACAGGGUUGCUGUGCGACCUGCUAUGGGCAGAUCCGGAUAAAGACAUUCAAGGAUGGAACGAAAAUGAUCGCGGUGUGUCAUUUACAUUUGGCCCGGAUAUCGUAGGCAAGUUCUUACAAAAACAUGAUUUGGAUCUGAUCUGUCGAGCACAUCAGGUGGUGGAAGAUGGCUACGAAUUUUUCGCAAAACGGCAGCUUGUCACCUUGUUCUCAGCCCCAAAUUACUGCGGCGAAUUUGAUAAUGCCGGCGCCAUGAUGAGUGUAGACGAGUCAUUGCUGUGCUCGUUCCAGAUUUUGAAGCCUGCCGAAAAGAGACCAAAGAACGCGUACAAUGGUGUGGGUGGUCGUGGUGGAAGGGGUAAAAAGGGUUUAAACAAAGCCAUGUAG